GCCUGCUUCCACCCGGAGGAAACCGGGAGUCCUGACCGUCGUGCUACCCCUUCCCUGGUUCCUGCGCGCUCCGAGGGGCCGGGCAGGGGUACUUCUGGGGCCUGGGGAAGUACGAAGCUGGAAAUUCGGGCUCGUCCAACCUCUGGAUCGGCUUUUGCCCCUGGGCCGCUUUAGAGUGCUUCUAUUCCUUCAAGGUGCUAAGCAUGGGGAAGAGCUGCAAGGUGGUCGUGUGUGGCCAGGCAUCUGUGGGCAAAACUUCAAUCCUGGAGCAGCUCCUGUACGGGAACCAUGUAGUAGGUUCUGAGAUGAUUGAGACCCAGGAGGAUAUCUAUGUGGGCUCCAUUGAGACAGACCGGGGAGUGCGGGAGCAAGUGCGUUUCUAUGACACUCGGGGGCUCCGAGAUGGGGCUGAGCUGCCCCGGCACUGCUUCUCUUGUACCGAUGGCUACGUCCUGGUCUACAGCACAGACAGCCGAGAGUCUUUUCAGCGUGUGGAACUGCUCAAGAAAGAGAUUGACAAGUCCAAGGACAAGAAGGAGGUCACCAUUGUGGUCCUUGGCAACAAGUGUGACUUGCAGGAGCAGCGGCGCGUAGACCCAGAUGUGGCUCAGCAUUGGGCCAAGUCAGAGAAGGUGAAGCUGUGGGAGGUAUCAGUAGCUGACCGUCGCUCCCUCCUGGAGCCCUUUGUCUACCUGGCCAGCAAGAUGACCCAGCCCCAGAGCAAGUCUGCCUUUCCCCUCAGCCGCAAGAACAAGGGCAGUGGCUCCUUGGAUGGCUGAAGAGCUGCCAUUCUUUCUUCACCCUCCCAACCCUGUUCCAGCUUCUGGGUUGAGGGCAAGAGGGGUCAGAAGGGGAAGCACUCCAUUGGCUAGGCAGCUGGACUGGUCCAGGCCAAAGCCACUUUUGUUCCCUCUCAAAUCUAUGAAGUGCAAAUAAUCUUGCACUUGAUUAGUUCCCCCCUCUCAACCACCCCUCCCCAUGCUACUC